AUGAUUAAGGUGAAGAAGAGGAAGAACGGGAUCGCUGCAGCGGCGAAGCCACUUCCUGUUGAUACACCUGAGGGAAAACACAAGGCAAAGCGAAUUUCUAGUGCACCCGAGUCACUUCCAUCUCCUUCCCAACCUCGGAAGAAGGCUAAGAGCACACAUACCACUGCCGAAAAAGCCAAGGCCCCCCCACAAGCACCGGCAGCCUCCGCGCCCAACGUAAUCAAAAUAGGGAGUGGCGGCGUUGUGGACUGCCAGGCUUUGGAAAAGGCGGUGAAAGCACUAUGCCGGCAUGUGCAAAAGCUUCAGGAGAAAGAAGAAGUGCAAGAUCUACUUGCCAUGAACAGCGGUCCCACAGUUAGUUUGAUGUUCUCUACGCAGAAUAUACCUGUCACGCAACGGAUCUAUCCCCAUCUGAUUGAGUUGCCCCACAGCCCUUUGGGUUCAAACAGUGAAGUAUGCCUGAUAGUACGCGACCCCCAGCGCAAGUGGAAGGACCUCGUCGCCUCUCUCCCAUCCUUGUCCUCGGUUUCAAAAGUUAUUUCUUACAAAAAACUGCCGAAGAAGUUUCCACAGUUCGCAGACCGCAGGGCUCUCUGCGCUGCGUACGACCUGUUCAUUGUCGACACCAGAAUCAAGGAGAAAGCGUACAGCAGUCUUGGCAAGGUGUUCUUCGCAGCCAACAAACUACCGCUUCCCAUUCGCGUUGGGUCGACCACACUGGAAAGAGAAGUGGGGAGAGCGCUGCGCAGCACAGCGCUGGUGAUUAAACGAGGCCCUUCCGUUGCUAUUCGCAUUGGCAGGGCCUUGAGUAACCCUGACCAUCUUUACGAAAAUGCAGUGGCAGCCAUCAAGGGGGUGUCAGAUUUCUUCCAAAUGAAUCAUAAGUGGAAAAAUACGAUCACAACUAUUCAUAUUCAAGCCACCAAUACACCUGCCCUGCCAAUUUACCUGCAUCCCAAGUACGCGGAGGCCGCAGAGUACUACAGGACUACAGCGCCGCCUGCCAACAAUGCAGAGCCGAAGAGAGGCGAAGGUGAAAAAACAAAAACGGGAAAGGAAAAGGCGUCGGCAGUAGUCCACAAAGUUAAAGGUGAUCGCAAGAUAAAGAGUGGCGCUGCAGUAAAAGAGGGGAAAGACAAUGCAAGCAAAGUAGUCAAGAAGUCAAUCACCAAGGACAAAAAAGAAAAGAAACACAAAUCGAGGCACUGA